AUGGCCAUCAGUAUCAAGAUUCUCCAGACAGGGACCAUACGAAUCCGCCCGUCCCACCGCCAUCAGCCUGCAAGGAAAGCUGUAAUUCUACGUCGUCUAUCAGUCUUUCUUGACAGAUCCUGGACGCCGCCACUGCCAAUCAACACGUACCUAGUCGACCAUCCUGAGGGGCACAUCCUGUUCGACUCUGGUGAGUCUCCGAACAGUAUGGAACCGGGAUACUUUCCGUUCUGGAUGCCCUUUUUCCACUUCGCUGUCGAUAUCAAUGUCGGAAAGGACGAGGGCAUCGGCUCUCUUCUCAAGCAGGAGAAUCUUGCUGCCGCCGACCUCAAGGCAGUCGUGUUAUCUCAUCUUCACCAUGAUCACGGCGACGGGCUACCAGACCUUGUUGGAGCACCAGUCUGGAUCAGUGAAGAACAUUGGCAGACAUACAAGAAGCCAUUCCACGCUACAAUUGAAGGAGCUGUUCCGAACCAAUGGCCAGAAACAUUCAAACCUCUACUUCUCCAGCCAACUGGUGGCCCGAUUGGACCAUGGAACCGGAGCUAUCCUAUAACCAAUGAUGGGAAGGUGGUGGCUGUUGACACACCCGGUCAUGUGCCAGGACAUGUAUCGGUGAUUGUAUACGCCGAUGACGUUACGUAUCUCCUGCUUGGAGAUGCUACAUAUGAUCAAGAUCUACUUGACAAGGAGCUCACGUAUGGCGUCAACAACAAUCCAGCGCUGGCAAUCGAUUCUCUGAGGAAAGUCAACGAAUUUGCAAGUAGCGAAAAGAUUGUACUCCUCCCUGCCCACGACCCACAGGCCGCUCACCGCUUGGCGGAGAGGAUCAUCUAUAAACCUAGCAUGGCUCAAAGUUCAACAGAGGACACGUCUCUGGAUGCUACGUAUUAG